UUAAGCACGCAAUUAAUCCUAGAAGAGAAUGCGAUAGAUGCCUUCCAAUGGAAUGGAAACGUUCCUCUCGCAAAUGUUGCGCCGUUGAGGAACUUCCGUUGCAAGUCAUCUGCAUUGGGCUUUGUUUUUCGCCGUCGACAGGAUUUCGCUUGCAAAACAUUGAUUUUGCGUCAGGAUGACGUAAUAUGAGCCGGGCUGCGUCUCUGAUGCUUAACGGGCCUUGCGGCUGCUUUAUUGAAUUGUGUGCUGUCGUUUAUACUGAUUGCUGCUACUGCGACGCUUGUCUCGUCUCGAUGAGAUACUCUUGUCUGACUGCCAAAUUGCUGCUCGCCUUCACUGAGGCCAAAUACUUGACAGAAUCCGGCUUAAAGGACCAAAGAAAUGUGGCGAUCUUGCUGCGUGCACGAUGAAUUUGUGAUGGCACGCGAUCCCAUGCGAUCACCGUCCAAGCGUUUCCCGCGGUAUAAUUGCUUCGAGGGCACUUGAUCGAGAAAAAUGAGAUUUUCCCUGCUUUCCAAAUUUUAUUCAAACAAACUUCAAAUGCGGGCGAACGUGUUUUAUAAUAGAUGCGGAAAGGAUUUCAACGGUAGAGCGGUAAUAUUUGUUCACCACGAGGCGAGACACGUGCUGUCGACGAGAUAGAGUGGUCAUAAUAAGUUGAGUGUUUUAGAUCGAUUACGCGCGACACAUGCGUCGCUUAACAAUCGACAUCUCAUAGAUUGAUCGAUUUUUUAUCGAUGUAAUUAGACGAUAUGACUGGAUGCCGUAAACAAUAGAGGUACCGAACACUACCCAUGUGAACAGUAAGGUUUAUAGACAGUAGCGCUUGGGUUCGGGGGUCAGGAGGGACAUAGCCGCCCCGAACAAAAAAAAACAUCCUAUCCGUUUGGAACCUAAUCGCCUAGAAGUUGCAACCUAGACAAUGUUCGUUUAAAACCUUUCUAACCCAUUUUAAAUUUCGUGCCUGUUGGAAAAGUAACGAAACGCAUGCGCAUGAGAUCAAAGAUGCAAAAAUGCAUGUAGAAGGUGAUUGUAGGACUGUGACAGAUUUUCUAACCUCAAUAGUCAUCAAUUUUAAGGCAUAAUAUCUUGAUUCGCGAGGCCGAACGCUUCUUUCUGAUAGAUUCUUUUAUUUUAUGCAAAAACGCGUCGAAUGAAUAUAAUUUCAUCGAUUUUUGAGUUUAAAAUUCCAACAUCAUGUCAACAUUGGAGGAUAAAAUUUUGGGAGAAAAAUUACACUACUACUGCAGCAGUUCUAGCGAAGAUGACGGAAAUGAUUCUGGAGAUUCCGAUAAAGAAUGUAAUGAUGUCAAAUAUACUGACAAUACUGCACAAUAUGAUGCACCUUCAUAUUCGGAAUGGGAUGGAACUUCUAGUAACACAGGACCUAAAGGUGUUAUAAAGGAUUGGCAGCGAUAUAAACAGUUAGAAACAGAAAAACGAGAAUCACAAGAGAAAGAAAGAUUACAAUUGAUCAACAAAUUGAGUUUAACGUGCCGCAGUACUUUAGAUGAAGAAAAGGAAAAACUGAAUGAGACAGAUCCAGAAUUGGCAAAUUUAUUAACUGAUGAAUUUCUUCUAGAAUAUCAGAAACAAAGAAUGAAAGAAAUGCUUGCAAAAACAGAAAAACUUUGUUUUGGAAGAGUUAUCGAUUUGGAAAACACAGAUCAGUUUCUACAAGCUAUUGAUGGAGAAGACAAAUCAGUAAUUAUUAUCGUUCACAUUUACGAGGAUAAUGUAUCUGGCUGCGAAGCCAUGAAUGGAUGUUUAAUAUCUCUUGCAGAAGAAUAUCCAUACAUCAAAUUUUGUAAAAUUCUAGGCUCAAUUGCAGGUCUCAGCAAACAGUUCAAAAAAUUUGGUGUACCAACAUUGCUGGUGUACAAAAAUGGACAAGUAAUAGGAAACUUCAUUCAUGUUACGGAUCAUUUAGGAGUAGAUUUUUAUUCAUCGGACGUGGAAGCAUUCCUUAUCGAACAUGGAAUUCUCGCUGACAAAAAUUGCAGACCUCUUAUUGUUUUGAAGAAUGACAAUAGGAUUUCCGAUAGCGAAUAAAAAAUUAUUCUGUUUAAGAUAGUUCAUUAAUAUAUUUUAAUAAAUCAAAAAAAAACUUACUUAAUAACACAAACACUUAUAUCAUACAAUAUUUAUCAAGAGUUUAUUCAAUAAAAUAUAAAUGCAAAAUA